CUGACAGCAGAUGAGAAACGCGCACUUGAGGCGCUUCGAGAACAGGACGACUUCGAUUUCGAGACUCACGAUGACCCCGGUAUGAACGUCCUCGAUGGAUCUGAGCCAGUGGACAUCAGUCAUGCGGGAGGAGAGUUCCACGAGCUUACCAGAGAGCUACUAGGGGAUUUCUACAACAUGACACGGCGGCGCACCGAGGCAUUCGAUAGACAGAUGCCAGCCUUGACAAAGGCCUACCUCGAUUGGCAUCUCUCAAUUAGCAAUGCUGCCAGCGGCGACUGCGGGUUUUUUGCGCACCAUAAGAACACUUCUCAGGCCCGGGAGAACACAGCGGAGGGUUCCAUCCAGAUCAAGGUGGUGGAUGUAUUUUGU